GGCAGAGACCCGGUCUUUAAUCCCGACGCAAGUUGCCAUUUUCUUUUUUCUUUUCAAUUUAUUUCGUAUUUGUUGUUUGGAACGAACCGCUUGCUCAAGAUGGAGAUGAACCAGUACCCUCGCCCCGACGGCCCUCCAGCCUAUAACCAGCAGUUUCAGCCACCGCCAUCCGCACCACCACAAAAUUAUGAUGCAGGAUAUCCUCAGUACGAUCAGUAUCCUAAGCAGCCUAUGGCUCAGGGCAAGCGCACAAUCUUGCAGAAGCUACUUGUUCUGGCGCAUGGCCUGCUCUGUCUGGCGGGCAUCAUCCUCUUCAGCAUUACGAUAUACACCAUUGUGCGCACGGUGCAGAUCCUGUCGUGGUCCACCGUCUUUGUUUUCUUCAUUCUAUUUGCUGUGACUUCGAUUGCGGCCGAUAUUCUCAAAAUCACCUUCAUCAUCAAGCAGCGCCUCAUUCCCGCCUGGAUCCUCAUCCUCGAAGUGCUUGCCAUUAUCUUCUUCAUUCUGCGCUGGGUGCUUCUCUUCUGGGCCACCGAUCUCUCCAAUUUGUGGGAUGAUAAGACAGGCAAUGGCGACGAUUUCGAUUUGAUUGCGCCUACUCUCGCAGUUAUUGUGUUUACUUGGAUUGUCUUUGUUGGACGAUUACUUUCCAUGGCCAUUACUGUUAUUUGGGCCAUCGUCCGCCGAAGACGUAACAGAAGACAAAACAUGGCAGUAUAAAUGACCGCAAAUAUUUUACAGCAACCAGUUUUAUGAUGAGAGAUGCGUUUGGGCCUCUGGUAGGCAGGCGAGUGUGGAGUAUCGUAGGACGUGUAAAGGAUAAACGGCGGCGUAUUGCAUUUUUGGGGCAGCUAAAUACCCACGGGAAAUUGUAC